GCAGCAUCAUAAACUCACAAUAAACACAUAACAGUUCACAGAUUAAGAGACUGAUAAGAGGUCAUUAAACCUGUGGAGUACAGGAUUACGUAAUAUUUCUUGAGGCGCUAGAUUUACAGCUGCCGCUACCCCUUUUUUUAUUGCCUUUUGUAGCUCUAGCUGUGCCACAGGUGACUUUAAAAGGUGAGGCUGCUGUGAACACACCUAUGACUCGGGGAAAAGGGUGGAUUUAAUUUACUACAGUGAAUUUUAUGUCCCUUCGUUUCUCUGAAAAUGUGGGCUUGUGCUCUAAGACCCUUUAAAACAGCAGAGGCAUUUGACUUGUGACUGUAAAUUUCGAGUGCUGCUUAGAGACCCAAGAAGGAAUCAUUGUUCUCCUCACUUUUUUGACCUCACUGCAGCUGAUCUUAUUGAAGUUUGGAAAUUAAAAAACGAUGCGUUCCACUGCAGAGGGACCACCAUGCCCGCCUGGGGUAGUAGAGACAAGCAGCAGCAACAACAACAAUAACAACAACAACAACCAGAUGAGUAGCAGAGAAAACAAUGGAAAUUCAGGCUCCCAGUAUGCUCUAUGUGCAUUGGGGGUUGGACUCAUUGCCCUUGGAGUAGUGAUGAUUGUCUGGAGCAUAGUGCCUGCUAACACAACUUUUAAUAGCAGCAGCAGUGGUAAUUCAGGGGGGAAUGGUGGCAUGGAGAGCAAAAGACAUAAAGCGUCCUCUGUGGCCUUUGUGCUGGCCGGCUCCGGGGUAGCUAUGCUGCUGCUGUCUCUGUGUCUUGCAAUGAGGAACAAACAACAAGAGAGACUGAGACACCAGGAGGUCCUAAACCGGAGAGAAGCAGAGAGGGAGCAGGAGACAGAAACGGCUGAGGAGCAGGCCCAGCGCUAUGCAGUACCCAGCUAUGAGGAGGUAAUAUGCAGCGGGCAGUACCCUGUUCGCCAGAGCAACCUUCGUCCAAGUGUCUCCCAGCUGCCAUCCUAUGACGAGCUGGUCCAAAGUGACAGCAUCCAAUACGAGAACGAGGGCGCCGAGGUCAACACUACCAUACCACAGCCUGCCCUAGCCUGUAUAGCUCCCUGUGCCACGGUUUCCACAUCAAGUCACAGAUCAGGAAGAAACAACCGUAAUUUCCUCCCCAUCAAAAUACGAAGGAUUAAGUCAGAAAAACUACCCAUGAAAAACACUGGUAGCUCCCAACCUACCGAUGGAAUCAGUAUUGAACCUCUUACCCCUCCACCACAGUAUGAAGACAAGGUGCCUCCACUUUAAGAUUUAUAGCUUAAAACUUGUGACUGAAUUUCCUGGUAGCUUCCAGUGUUUGUGGAUCUGGAUGUGCUUUGCUCGGCUUAAAAUUGAAUGUGGCUUCUUGCUUUUGGGUGAAGCAUAUUAUUUGCUGAAGUUUGUCAUCAUGGCUCAUGAUGGUAAAUUACCCCACAGAGAAGCCUGUCGUUUAUGGGCCUUACUGGAUCAUACCAUGCAGAUACAAAGUUAUGUCAAGCUGUGUUGUUUUAAACUCUAAAUCGUUCUAUGUUAUGAAGUCGCACUCCUCUCCGUGUUGAUUUAAGAGGUGAAUUGAUGGUAGGUAAUAGUGCAGUUAAUGAGACAUUAGAGAGGGCUAUCUUUGAGGAGUUAAUCGAUAAGUGCCAUUUAAAUACUUGUGAUUAUUGAGUCUAACUUUUUUAUAUCUGUGGUAUUUCAUUAAUGAAAAUGGUUGAAUUUUAAAAGAAUGUAAUCAUUCUGCUCAUGCUGAAGGCUAGCAGUCUCGUGGAGCUGUUAUGUCGUAGCAAAACCAGCUUACAUCUGCAGUCAUGUGCAGAUGAUUGCAUUUCACUGAUAAGAAUGCCCUGUCGUAUGAGAUUUAAAGGUUGUCACAGCUGCCUGCAAACUGUACUCCCUGAUAUUGUUUUUUUUUUUUUUUUUUUUACAAUCUGAGAUUCGUUAUUUGUAGGCUUUUUGUACAUCUUUACCAAGGGUGCCUAGCAAUAGGAGGGACAUCUCACUGAAUUCAUAUGUUUACAUGUUUGAUGAAUAAAUAAAGCAGUUUAAAAUAGAAAUACCACUGUUAAAAUUUGUGGUGCAAACUAUGUUUUAUAUGUAUGUAAAGUGGCUCGUUUAAAAAAAAAUCUAAGUUAAUCAGAUGCCAUUCACAUGCGAAACAUAGCUGUACUCACAGCUUGUGCAGCAGCCUUGGUAAUAGUGGUACAGUUGUGAUUGGUAACCAGUUAAAAGAAACUGCCUUUAACAAAGAGGACAUGGCUUUCCAGGAACCAUGCAUGAAAUUAGACAGGUGCUGCUGAUUUAAGAAAAUGCUAAUAUCUGACUUGAAUGCAUCAAUGAACACCCUCGAGCUGUAAACACCAAAGGCUUUUCUAACUCUUAGAACUUUUAAAACAUCACGUGACUUCAAUAUUGAUCCUUUAAGGAUGGUGUUGCUGCUCGUUCACAGUGAGGGAUGCAUAGGAAAAAAGAUGAUUGCAGGAACUUGGUGAAUAGUUUUAAGGCAGUGUUCCAUGGUGACUUCUGAAAGGUGGCAGUGUAGUCUCUCCUUCUCAGGGCCUAUUUUUUUUUUUUUCCCUUACUCUGGCUGACCAACAGAAAGACUCUUUGAGUGAGCAGCUGCACCACAAAAACAGCAGCUCCUCACUGGCUUGCUGAUCAUCAUUCCUUCAACCACAGCUUGACUUGCAGUGCUGUUUUCACUCAGACGGUAUGCAGGGGAAAAGAAAAACAAGGACAAUAAAAAUAGAUGGUUCCAGACUUUUAUUUUUCCUUUUUUAGGGAAGGGAAUAGUGUUACAGCAUUAAAGGAGCCUCUCAGCACAUUCAUCUUUCUUUAUAAGUUUAAGUAUAACCAACCCAUGCCCAACUAAGUGACUCAUCUGUCAUUUAAGUCAAUGUUACUCAUUUUGUGAAGUUGCACAUUUAAGCUUUUUCUCUUUUUGUUUUUUUGCAAAGAAAAAAAGCCCUUUAAACUAGUGUUUCAAUUAUUUAAACUUGUCACAGACUGCAUCAGUUCGGUUUUGUAGACACAUUACCAAUGUACCGUUUGUUUGAAAACUUUUCCAGCAAUAACUGUACAUGGAUUGUUUUACAUUGAAGUAUAUGGAUGUAGAAGUCACUUUUUUUUCUACGAGGAGUUUGUUGUCCUUUUUAUUUCAUGUUGCCUUUUUGGGACUACAAUUUAUAUAUUUUAUAUGUGCUGUGAAAAUAUGUAGAUUUUUUUAUUUGUAUUAUAAAAGUAUAUAUUUUUUGUAGAAGUGUGAAAUGUCAUUUACUUUAUGAAUAUUUAUGAUAAAUAAAAAGUGUUUUUUUAUGA